GUGCGUGUGCGUGUGCGCGGCGCGCGCGCGGGUGUCUGUGCGCGCAUUCCUGCGCCUCGCGCGGGCGGGGCGUCCUGCAGCUGGCUGCUGGGCUGCGGGGCCUGGCGGUGGGGAUCCAGGGCUUGGGGGGACGCACGGUUUGCAAACACGCUUAGAGUCGGUGGCUGCUUGCACGCGGCAUUUGAGGCCCGGCACAUAGGAGGUUCCAGGUGAGCCCGGGUCUGCCCAGCCCGGCGCGCUGUCGGGGAGAUGACCCUGCAGCCUGGCACCGCACCGUCUUCGUCUUCCGGUACUGUUGCAGCUCUUUGGCUUCCUGCUAGGUGUUCAACUUCCAUUUCACUUUUGGGAGAGCCUGUGGGAUGUUGGAGCUUUGAUGUUUUAAUUUGAUUGCCUGUGUUACUGGUCAAUUUUCAGGACAAUUUAAAACCCACAGUUGGUGCAGUAAGGGCUUAAUAAAAUAUUUAAUGAUCACAAGGAAUAUAGCUCCCAAAGGGUGGCAGAAAGACAACCGAUACAUGGGUUUUUUUUUUUUUUGUCUUUUUCGUUUUUAUCGGUACCAGGGAUCGAACUCACGACUGCCUGCUUGCAAGGCAGGCGCUUAUGCCGCUGAGCUAAAUCCCCAGCCCAUGGUUAUUCUUCUUGUGAGCAGCAUGGAAACUCAGUAUUGUUCCUCAUCUGGUCAGUAAAUUGCUGAAGGUAUUUACCUGAUGCUUAAGUGACAAUAAUAUUAAAUUUGUAUUUGUUGGUAACAGUAAGUGUUGCUCUUUAUUAGCUAGAUUGCCCUCUGAAGACUUUACAUGUAUUUUAUUUAUUGUCUUUUUUGAGACAGGAUCUCACUAUGUAGUUCAGGCUGGCCUUGAGCUCACUUUGUAGUCCAGGCUGGUCUCAGACUUACGAUGAUCCUCCUGCCUCAGCUUUCCAAGUGCUGUGAUUUCAUGUGUUUUAAUGUCUAAGUGUUGACACUUAAAAAAAAAACACGAAGAAGUAACAUUUAACUAAACAUCCUGAAUGAAAGAAGGCUUACAAAGGACGCAAACUAUUCUACUUCUUCCAGAUUUUUUCUAGUUUCUUGUGUAAAUCAAAACAUCUCAAAAUGGAGGCCUAAACCCUAAAAAGGGGCAGUCUAAUCUCGGGAGGUAGUUUUGUGCAUGAAAAAACAAAUUAAUAGUUAAUUAGACUUUUGGGUAUAAUGCCCAAAGAAUGUUAAUUGAUAAAUAUAAUCUAAUUCUAUGAAAUGUAACUAUAAUGAUUUUGAUUUUAAAUUUGAUUUGUGGAAGUAAAGAAGUGAUUACCAUGGAAGCAUAUUGUUAAAGCAUUUUUUCACAGUUAGGCAAUCUCGCAUGGGCUUCUCUCCAGAACUAAAAAAAAAAAAAUACCUGCAUUUGAUAAAGGUUUUAAAAUGAAUGACAGUUAUCUAGAACAAAAAGGUAAUCAACCUUCUGCAAGAUUAGAGAAAUAUUCAAAUGAAGAAUUUGAUAUAUUAAAGAACUUGUACAAUGACAGUGAAUGUCAAGACCAGAACUUUUCCAUAGACAGCACAAAUUUAGAAAAAGUAAAAAAGAUAAGUGUGAUGAUUAGUGAAGAAAUAAUCCACUGUGUAAAGACCACUGAUAUUUUAAAAGUUUAAAAUUUAUUUUGGUCAAAUAGGUCAUUAUCUCGGGGGAUGAUAAGCCUGAGAAUCGAUGGUUCAGUGGUUACAUUUUAGGAAACAAAUGAGCUUAUUCAGAAAUAACUUUUAUAUAAAGAAAAAUUUUAUAGCAGUCUCCAAAGUGUUGGCCAUUGAAGAGAAUAAUAAAGUUGGGCACAAUAACUUAUUGUGAGGGAAGUAAUUAUUUGCAACAAGCUGUGAUGUUUCUUCUGCUGCCUGGAAACCAAGUGUUGAAAUCGGCACCGCGGUUGCAAAUCCUGGUAGAAAAAGCACUGUGACAUUUUAUUGGCCAUUGCUAAAACAAUGACGGGACAUAACUUUCCAUCAUGAAAAGAAGCCAGCUUUGUGAGGCUUAUCUACAGCUUGAGUGACUGGGACAGAUGCAUUCCAGUGACCUGGAGAAGCUGACCUACUUGUUAAGCUGUCCAACAUACAAUGGCAACACAAAACACUUAUACUUCCAUGCGAGAUUUAGUUUUCAUCAUGGGUUAUUAUGAGCAUCAUAUAUACAUUGAACAUAUAAAGAUUAUACAAAGGUACAGUUGCGCAUAAUUGUGCCUUAAGACAUAAUCAUAUGGGAUUUAGAAUCUCACCAAGCUGAAACCCUAAAUGCACAGAAGAAAUUAGAGUUUGCAUUUUUAAUAUUCAACCUAAUAGUCAAACUGAAUAAAUCAAAAGUCAUGCACAAAACUACCUCCCCAGAGAAAGACUGGUCCCUUUUCCUCCCCAUCCAUUUCAUUAUGAAUGUUGUAGAAAAUAGCAUCUUCUUAUCAAAUUUGAUGAAAAGUGCCAACACGUUUGAACUGAAGUACGACUUCUCAUGUGAACUGUACCGCAUGUCCACAUACUCAGCUUUUCCCAGCGGUGUCCCCGUCUCAGAGAGGAGUCUUGCUCGUGCUGGCUUCUAUUACACCGGUGUGAAAGACAAGGUCAAAUGCUUCUGUUGCGGCCUGAUGCUGGAUAACUGGAAACAAGGAGACAAUCCAAUUGAAAAGCAUAAAAAGUUAUAUCCCAGCUGCAGCUUUGUCCAGAAUUUAACUUCAGCUAACAGUCUGGAAGCUACCUCUCAGCCUGCUUUUCCUUCUUCAGUAACAAAUUACACACAUUCGUUACCUCCAAGUUUGGAAAACAGUGGCUAUUUCAGUGGCUCUUACUCAAGCUUUCCAUCAAGUCCUGUAAACUUCAGAGCAAAUCAAGAUUUUUCUGCCUUGAGGACCAGUCCCUCCCAAUGUGCAAUGGGUACUGAAAAGGCCAGAUUACUCACUUACCAAAUGUGGCCAUUGACUUUUCUGUCACCGACAGAUCUGGCUAAAGCAGGCUUUUACUACAUUGGACCUGGGGACAGAGUGGCCUGCUUUGCCUGUGGGGGAAAACUGAGCAACUGGGAGCCGAAGGACGAUGCAAUGUCAGAACACCGGAGACAUUUUCCUCACUGCCCCUUUUUAGAAAAUCAGCUUCACGGUACUUCGAGAUACACCGUCUCUAAUCUAAGCAUGCAGACGCAUGCAGCACGCUUCAAAACAUUCUUCAACUGGCCUUCAAGCCUUCUAGUCCAUCCCGAGCAACUUGCCAGUGCGGGUUUUUAUUAUGUGGGACAUAGCGAUGAUGUCAAGUGCUUUUGCUGUGAUGGUGGCUUGAGGUGUUGGGAAUCCGGAGAUGACCCUUGGGUGGAGCAUGCCAAGUGGUUUCCAAGGUGUGAGUACUUGAUACAGAUUAAAGGACAAGAGUUCAUCAGUCAAGUUCAAGCCAGUUAUCCUCAUCUGCUUGAACAGCUAUUGUCCACAUCAGAUACCCCAGAAGAUGAAAAUGCAGAGUCACCAAUUGUUCAUUUUGGACCCAGAGAGAACCGGUCAGAAGACGCCAUCAUGAUGAACACCCCUGUGGUGAAAGCCGCUUUGGAAAUGGGCUUUAGUAGACACCUGGUAAAGCAGACGGUUCAGAGUAAAAUCCUAACCACCGGGGACAAUUAUAAAACCAUCAGUGACCUGGUGGUAGAUUUACUUAAUGCAGAAGAUGAAAUAAGGGAAGAGGCAAAAGAACGAGCAAAUGAGGAAAAAGAAUCAGAAGAUCUGUCAUUGAUCCGGAAGAACAGGAUGGCACUUUUUCAACAUUUGACUUGUGUAAUUCCAAUCCUGAACAGUCUACUAGUUGCGAAAGUGAUUAAUGAACAAGAACAUGAUGUUAUCAAACAGAAAAGUCAGAUGUCUUUACAAGCAAGAGAACUCAUUGAUAUUAUUUUAGUAAAAGGAAAUAUUGCUGCCACUGUAUUCAAGAACUCUCUGCAAGAAAUGGACCCAAAGUUAUACAAGCAUUUAUUUGUGCAACAGGACAUAAAGUAUAUUCUCACAGAAGAUAUUUCAGAUCUACCAAUGGAAGAACAAUUAAGGAGACUGCAAGAAGAAAGAACAUGUAAAGUGUGUAUGGACAGGGAAGUGUCCAUAGUGUUUAUUCCCUGUGGUCACCUGGUAGUAUGCAAAGACUGUGCCUCUUCUUUAAGAAAAUGCCCUAUUUGCAGGAGUACAAUCAAGGGGACAGUUCGUACAUUUCUUUCAUGAAAAAGAACUUUUUCUAAACUCUAGAGUUAAUGGAUUAAGUGUAUUGUAAUUUUAACUUUUAUAGUGAUUUGGUUUCCUUAAAGACUUAUUUAUUACUUGGAGAUUUUUAUUUUAUAUAAAUAUAUUUAUAUAAUAUA